AGCCCCGCCGCAGCGGCGCGCCGCCCACGGCGCCGCGCGCGGGGGGGGGGCUGGGCGGGCAGCGGCUGGCAGCCCGGCGGACGCAGGGGCGCCGAUGGCGGGGCACCUUGGCCGGGCCGCGCCCCCCGCGAUGGCGGUGGUGCACGAUGGCGUUUUGCGCGGGCACUGCGUUCAGGUCGUGUCGCGCACGUGGACGCGCGACUCCAGCGACCUGUUCGAUUUCGAGACCCAGCAGCUGGAGACCAAGACUUUCACGGUGGCGAGGCCGUCGCAGCUGGUCCGCAAGGGCGUCCACGUCCAGGCGUACCCCUUCGCCAGCGGGGCCCACGGCAGCGAGGGGCUGAUCACGCUGGCGCAGCGGCGGGACGGCACGUUCUACGUGGACCGGGCGGGGUCCAGCUCCAGCACUAAAAGGCUGUGGCUGGUGGUGAAGGACCUGCCGUCGUGCCGCUACGCCCUGUCCGAGG